AUGGGCUCUCUCUGGGGUCUGGCUCUGCCCCUUUUCUUCUUCUUCUGGGAGGUUGGGGUCCCUGGGAGCUCUGCAGGCCCCAGCACCCGCAGAGCAGACACUGCGACGACAACAGACGACACAGAAGUGCCCGCUAUGACUCCAGCACCGGGUCACGCCUCUCUGGAAACUCAAACGCUGAGUGCCGAGACCUCUUCUAGGGCCGCAACCCCAGCCGGCCCCAUUCCAGAAGCAGAGCCCAGGGGAGCCAAGGGGAUUUCCCCUGCAAGAGAGACCAGGACUUUCACAAAAACACCUCCCGACUUCAUGGUGCUGAUUGCCACCUCUGUGGAGACAUCAGCCGCCAGUGGAAGCCCCGAGAGAGGCGGAAUGACCACAGUUCAGACCGUCACAGGCAGUGAUCCCGAGGAAGCCAUCUUUGACACCCUUUGCACCGAUGACAGCUCUGAAGAGGCAAAGACACUCGCAAUGGACAUAUUGACAUUGGCUCACACCUCCAAAGAAGCUAAGGGCCUGUCCUCAGAGAGCGGCGCCUCUUCCGACGGCCCCCAUCCGGUCAUCACCCCCUCAUGGUCCCCGGGAUCUGACGUCACUCUGCUCGCUGAAGCCCUGGUGACCGUCACCCACAUCGAGGUUAUCAAUUGCAGCAUCACAGAAAUAGAAACAACGACUUCCAGCAUCCCUGGGGCCUCAGACACAGAUCACAUCCCCACGGAAGGGGUGAAGGCCUCGCCCACGUCCCAUCCACCAGCUCUGCCUGACUCCACUGACGCAAAACCACACGUCACGGAGGCCACAGCCUCUGCCGAGACCCUGUCCACAGCCGGCACCGCAGAGUCAGCUGCACCUGAUGCCACGGUUGGGACCCCACUCCCCACCAACAGUGCCACAGAAAGAGAAGUGACAGCACUCAGGGCCACAACCCUCAGUGGAGCUCUGGCCACAGUUAGCGGGAAUCCCCUGGAAGAAACCUCAGCCCUCUCUGUUGAGACACCAAGUUACGUCAGAGUCUCAGGAGCAGCCCCGGUCUCCAUAGAAGCUGGGUCAGCAGUGGACAAAAGCACUUCCUUUGCUGGGAGCUCUGCUUCCUUCUACAGCCCCUCGGAAGCCGCCCUCGAGAACUUCACCCCUUCAGAGACACCCACCACGGGCAUCACGACCAAGGGGCCCUUCCCCACCAGCAGGGACCCUCUUCCUUCUGUCCCUCCGACUACAACCAGCAGGGACCCUCUUCCUUCUGUCCCUCCGACUACAACCAGCAGCAGCCAAGGGACGAACAGCUCCUUAGCCAAGACCACGACCUCAGCGAAAACCCUGAUGAAGCCCCAACAGCCAUGCCCACCACUGCUCGGACGAGGCCGACCGCAGACAGGAGUGCAGAUGUUCUUUGGUCUGUUACCACCCCUGGAUGGAAAGCCCCUGGUCCCCCCCAAGUUCCUGCAGAGCCAGGCCCCGCCAGCAGUCGGUGGGCAGGAUGCCCACCAGUCACCCCCAUCUGUCCCAGGCGGACCUUUCCUCUGCUCUCCAGGGACCACUGCAGGUGGUGUGGCCCCUGAGGGGAGCAUAAGGGUGCAGUGCCUGACUCAGGGGACACAGAAGCCCUGUCCAUAUGGCUUUUUACGCAGCACAGCACCCAGCCCUCGGCAGCCCAGAGCAGGAACCAACAGGGUAGGUGCCCAGGGGCCCCAAAGGUCAGAGUUCCUCCCACAGCUGCCAGGGAGCACAGGACGGCAGCACAGGGUCUUAUGCUCAGCACUGGGAGCCCGCUCGCUGCAGCUAAAGAAACAGAUACGUCCAAGGGCUCCAUGGCCAGGGCCGGGCACCUGGAACACAGCGGUCCUGGGGCGGCCACAUCCACUCCUUCCAGAAGACCUGGUCAGCCCCUCUGUCUUCUGUCACCCAUGGAGGCGCCUGCAGGUGCUCUGCGCAGCCCGCCCGGCCCUGCACAGACCCGAGGCGGCAACAGGGGGCGCUGCCGGCCGGAGGAUGCGGGCGCGGGGCGGAGGCUGCGGGGCAGGAGCCGCUGUGCGCGUUCAGGCAGCUGCCCGGGACCCCUGGCACCGACCGCAGCCCCCAGAGGUCCCCGGGGGUUUCCGCCUGAGCCUAAACUGA